AUGUAUUCGUCAUUGGUACUUUUCUUCCUGUUUCACCUGGCGGGUUUCAAGCUACCAAAACACGUGGACGAUCGCGACGCGGAGUGGCCGAUCGCGGCGCGGGGAGCGGAGGAGGAGCACAGCGGGGGAGGCCAUUCGGACGAUGAAAGGUCGAUCGCGGGCGACUCGUGGUCCGUUAAGAGCGAGUAUGGCAGCACGCUGGACGGCGACGAGGCGCGCACGGCGGAGAUGAUGUGCGGGACGACGAUUGCGGAGGACUCGCAGGCCAGCGGGAGUGCACCGGAGGAGAGGGAGCAUCAGGAGCUGAACGGGCUGCGAGAGCACGAGGGAGGCGCGGACGGGCAUGCAAGCCAUGUCCAUGUCUCCGACCAUUACCAUCACGCGGACGCAAGGUCGCAGCAGCAGCAGCAGCAGCAGCAGCAGCGCGUGGCUUACCAGCAGUCGCCGCUUCUCCGCGCCCGCGUUCCGCAGUGGCUGGCCGCGCAGCAGCGGCAGCAGCGGUGGCAGCAAGACGCGAUGCUUGCGCUUCAACAGCAGCAGCAGCAACAGCAGCUGCAACAGCAACAACAACAACAACAGCAGCAGCAGCAGCAGCAACCGCAGCAACAACAAUCACAACCGCAACCGCAGUCACAGCAGCAGCAGCAGCGACAGCAGGCUCUGUCUUUUCAAAUAUGUCACCAGCACGGGGUUCAGAGCGCGUAUACCCACCAGAGCAACUUGCAGGGGGAGCUGGGGGGGCUGAGCGGGCUGCUAGCGGGCAGCGCGCCUAGCGAGGGGAGCCUGGAUGACCGAAUAUCGGAUCUCGAUUGUUCCGCUGGGGGCGAUGGGGAUGAUGACGGGGAUGACGAUGACGAUGAUGAGGAUGAGAAUGGGGAUCGGGAUCGGGAUGGGAAUGUUGAUGGGGAUGGGGCGGAGGGCAUGCGGAAUGAAGCAGGGGGCGAUGGGUUAGGGUACGACGCAGGGGCGCCGAGCGGGGCAGCGGACGCGCCGGGGAGUGGAGCGGCGGAGGGGACUGGGGGAGGAUUGCGGGGGAGAGGAGGGGGGGGUGAUGGUCAGGAGGACGGCGGAAUCGGCGAGGCCGGGGAGAACGCGGGGGGAGGCGAGGAGGGGCAGAGAGCGGGCGAGAAUGGAGAAGGGGAUGGGGAUGGGGACGAGAAAAAAGAGGGCGAUGGGGAUGAGGAGGGGGGAGAAGACGAAGAAGAGGAAGAAGAGGAGGAGGAAGAGGAGGAGGAAGAGGAGGGGUCUGUGCUUGGGUUGAGGUCGCACUGGGACAGCACGUACGCGGACGAGCUACAACAGUUCAAGGAAUGCGGUGAUCCCGGCGAGAUAUGGUUCGGCGGAGACGUGAUGGAAACGUGUGCGGAGUGGACAGCGCGGAUCGCCGCGGCCUCUGCUGCCGCGCUCGCAGCCACCGCUGCUGCUGGGGGCGAUGGGGCUGGCGUGGAGCAAGGGGGCGAGGGGGAGGGGGAAGAGGACAAGGGGGAGUCGGUAGCAGGGGCGCCAGGGACGUCAGAGGGGGCGGCGUCAGGGUCAGCAGCAGCAGAAGGGCUGGCAGGGGCGGCGGCGGGGUGGCGGGUGGUGGAUGUGGGCACGGGUAACGGGCUGCUGCUGCACGCACUGGCCCGAUACGGCUUCCACAAUCUCCUGGGCACGGACUACAGUGAGGCAGCGGUGCAGCUCGCACAGCAGGUGGCGGAGCAAGCCGGGCUCAUGCACCUGCAAUUCCAGGCUGACGAUGUGCUGGACUCAGGCCUGCCCUCGGCGUCGUGCCACAUGGUGGUGGACAAGGGCACCUUUGAUGCCGUCCGACUGCACCCUCACGGCUCCACUCGCAAGAUCAGCUAUAAGAACACAGUGGCAAGGCUGCUUCUCCCCAACGGCCUUCUGGUCAUCACGUCCUGCAACAGCACCGUGGCUGAGCUCACGGCAGAGUUCGCCCCUCCAGUUAUAGGGAACGAUGAAAGUGGGGGUAUCAACACCGGGGAGCAGCAAUGGAGAGGGGCCUUUGAGGUGAAUCAUGCAUUUCCAACGGCCUCAUCCGUUCCGUGGUUCAUCACCCGCCGCGCGCUCGUCACCGGCGCGUCCAUCUUCGUCGGCGCCACGUCCGGUCUCCUCGCGUCGGCCGCCGCGAUGGCCAGCGACCGCCGCCUGCGCGGGCGCCAGGCCGUCCUGGAAAAAAUCCGCGCGUUGCGCGAGGAGCAGCUGUCGGAGAAGUCGUCGGAUAAGCUCGCGGAGGGGCCGAGCGCGCCUUCUGUUGAGACAACCACCGAGGGAGACGAGGCGGGCGAGCAGGAUAGCCUUCCUGUGAGCGAGGCGGCUGUGGUAACUGGGGCUGGUGUGGGCGCAUUGGUGGACGCAGUUUCUUCUGGAUCGGCUGCUGCUGGCGCCGACGCCGCUACUAUCGACGCCGUCUCCAGCGCCGCGGGAAGCGGAGCACAGGCCGCUGCUGAUGGCAGCGCGGCGUCGGCGAUCCAGUCAGCUUCGGGCUUGGAUAUCGGGAUCGAUGAUGCUGAGCUGGACGCUGACGUGACGCCGUCGGGAGACGUUGACGAGGGCAUCGAGACACAGCCCGAGGCUGAAUAUGAGGCAGUAGCUGAGCCCGAGCCUGAGGGAACGGCUGAGCCCGAACCGGACGCAGUAGCUGAUCCCCAACCUGAGCCUGAGACAGCAGCUGAGCCCGAGCCUGAGCCUCCCGGUGAGUUCGACCCUGAACCAGCAGCUGACCCCGAGCCUGAGGCGGGGGCUGAGCCCGAACCUGCGACAGCAGCCGAGCCCGAGCCUGAAGCAGCAGCCGAGCCUGAGCCUGAAGUGGCAACCGAGCCCGAGCCUGAAGAAGCAGCCGAGCCCGAGCCUGAAGCAGGUGGUGAGCCCGCCGAACCUGAGGCAAUUGCUGAGCCCGAACCUGAAGCAGAGGCCGAAACUGAAGCUGCAGCAGCUGAGCCCGAGCCUGAAGCAGCAGCUGAGCCCGCCGAGCCUGAGCCGAUGGCUGAGCCCGAGCUUGAAGCAGAGGCCGAACCUGAAGCUGAAGCAGCAGCUGAGCCCGAGCCUGAAGCAGCAGCUGAGCCCGCCGAGCCUGAGGCAAUGGCUGAGCCCGAGCCCGAAGCAGAGGCCGAACCUGAGCCUGAGUCAGCAGCUGAGUCCGGGGCUGAUGGAGCAGCUGAGCCGGAGCCUGAGGAAGUGGCUGAGCUUGAGCCUGAGCCUGAAGUUGAAGUUGAGCCCAAGCCUGAAGCCGCUGAGCCUGAGCCUGAGGCAGCAGCCGAGCUCGAGGCUGAAGCAACAGCUGAGCCCGAGCCUGCAGCAGCAGCCGAGUCCGAGGCUGAAGCAGCAGCGGAGCUGGAACCUAAGCCUGAAGCGGUGGCUGAGCCCGAGCUUGAAGCAGAGGCCAAGCUCGAGCCUGAGGCAGCAGCUGAACCCGGGUCUGAACAAGCAGCUGAGCUCGAGCCUGAGUCAAUGGCUGAACCCGGCCCUGAGCCUGAAGCUGCAAUUGAGUCUGAGCCCGAAAUUGCUGAGCCCCGGCCUGAAGCAGCUGGGCCCGAGCCUGAAGCAGCUGAGCCCAAGCCUGAAGCAGCUGAGCCCGAGCCUGAAGAAGCAGGUCAGCCCGAGACUGAGACAAUGGCUGAUGCCGAGCUUGAGCCUGAAGCUGCAGUUGAGCCCGAGCCGGAGGCCGAGCCUGAAGCAGCAGCCGAGCCCGAGCCUGAAGAAGCUACUGGGUUCGAACCUGAGCCUGAAGCUGCAGCUGAGUUCGAACCUGACGCAGUGGCCGAGCCUGAAGCUGAGGCAGUGGCUGAGCCCGUACCUGAACCUGAAGUUGCAGUUGAGCCCGAACCUGAGGGAAUGGCUGGACCCGAGCCUGAGUCGGAGGUUGCAGCAGCGCCCGAGCCUGAGGCAACAGCUGAGACAGGUCCUGAGGCAGCAGCGGAGACGGGACCUGAAGGAGCGGCAGACAUCGAGCCUGAAGCGCCAGCAGACCCCGAGCCCAAAGAGACACCAGCGCCUGAGCCUGAUACUUUGGCCGAACCCGAACCUGAAGUAGUGGCUGAGCCAGAGCCUGAAGCACAAUCUGCACCCGAGCCUGAGGCGGCAGCAGAGCCCGAGCCCGAGCCUGAGGCGGCAGCCGAUCCCGAGCCUGAAGCAGCAGCAGAGCCCGAGCCUGAGCCUGAGGUGGCAGCAGAGCACGAGCCUGCGCCUGAGGUGGCAGCAGAGCCCGAGCCUGAAGCAGCAGCUGAGCCCGAGACCGAGCCUGGGGCGGCAGUAGAGCCCGAGCCUGAAGCAGCAGCUGAGCCCGAGACCGAGCCUGGGGCGGCAGGAGAGCCCGAGCCUGAGCCUGAGGUGGCAGCAGAGCCCGAGACUGAGCCUGAGGCGGCAACAGAGGCCGAGCCUGAGCCUGAAGCAGCAGCAGAGCCCGAGCCUGAGCCUGAGGAGGCAGCAGAGCCCGAACCCGAGCCUGAAGUUGCAACAGAGGCCGAGCCUGAGCCUGAGGUGGCAGCCGAGCCCGAGCCCGAGCCUGAGGCAGCAGCAGAGCCCGAGCCUGAAGCAGCAGCAGAGCCCGAGCCUGAGCCUGAGGUGGCAGCAGAGCCCGAGCCUGAGGCGGCAGUGGAGCCCGAGCCUGAAGCAGCAGCUGAGCCCGAGCCUGAGACGGCAGCAGAGCCCGAGCCCGAGCCUGAAGUGGCAGCAGAGCCCGAGCCCGAGCCUGAGGCAACAGCAGAGCCCGAGCCUGAGCCUGAGGUGGCAGCAGAGCCCGAGCCUGAGCCUGAAGUGGCAGCAGAGCCCGAGCCUGAGCCUGAGGUGGCAGCGGAGCCCGAACCUGAGCCUGAAGCAGCAGCAGAGCCCGAGCCUGAGCCUGAGGUGGCACCAGAGCCCGAGCCCGAGCCUGAAGCACCAGCACAGCCCGAGCCUGAGCCUGAGGCGGCAGCAGAGCCCGAGCCUGAGCCUGAGGUGGCAGCAGAGCCCGAGCCUGAAGUGGCAGCAGAGCCCGAGCCCGAGCCCGAGGCAGCAGCAGAGCCCGAGCCUGAGCCUGAGGCGGCAGCAGAGCCCGAGCCUGAGCCUGAGGUGGCAGCAGAGCCCGAGCCCGAGCCCGAGCCCGAGCCCGAGCCCGAGGCAGCAGCAGAGCCCGAGCCUGAGCAUGAGGCGGCAGCAGAGCCCGAGGCUGAGCCCGAGGUGGCAGCAGAGCCCGAGCCUGAGCCUGAGGCGGUAGCAGAGCCCGAGCCCGAGCCUGAAGCAGCAGCAGAGCCCGAGCCUGAGCCUGAGGUGGCAGCAGAGCCCGAGCCUGAGCCUGAGGCGGCAGCAGAGCCCGAGCCCGAGCCUGAGGCGGCAGCAGAGCCCGAGCCUGAGGCGGCAGCAGAGCCCGAGCCUCAGGCGGCAGCAGAGCCCGAGCCUGAGCCUCAGGCGGCAGCAGAGCCCGAGCCUGAGCCUGAAGCAGCAGCAGAGCCCGAGCCCGAGCCUGAAGCAGCAGCAGAGCCCGAGCCUGAGCCUGAGGUGGCAGCAGAGCCCGAGCCUGAGCCUGAGGUGGCAGCAGAGCCCGAGCCUGAAGCAGCAGCUGAGCCCGAGCCCGAGCCAGCAGCAGCAGAGCCCGAGCCUGAGCCUCAGGUGGCAGCAGAGCCCGAGCCUGAGCCUGAGGUGUCAGCAGAGCCCGAGCCUGAAGCAGCAGCUGAGCCCGAGCCCGAGCCUGAGACGGCAGCAGAGCCCGAGCCUGAGCCUGAGGUGGCAGCAGAGCCCGAGCCCGAGCCUGAAGCAGAAGCAGAGCCCGAGCCUGAAGCAGCAGCAGAGCCCGAGCCUGAUCCUGAGGUGGCAGCAGAGCCCGAGCCUGAGCUUGAGGCGGCAGCAGAGCCCGAGCCUGAGCCUGAGGUGGCCACAGAGCCUGAGCCUGAGGUGGCAGCAGAGCCCGAGCCCGAGCCUGAGGCAGCAGCAGAGCCCGAACCUGAGCCUGAAGUUGCAACAGAGGCCGAGCCUGAGCCUGAGGCGGCAGCAGAGCCCGAGCCUGAGCCUGAGGUGGCCGCAGAGCCCGAGCCUGAGCCUGAGGUGGCAGCAGAGACCGAGCCCGAGCCUGAGGCAGCAGCAGAGCCCGUGCCCGAGCCUGAGGCAGCAGCAGAGCCCGAGCCUGAGCUUGAGGCGGCAGCAGAGCCCGAGCCUGAGCCUGAGGUGGCCGCAGAGCCCGAGCCUGAGCCUGAGACGGCAGCAGAGCCCGAGCCUGAGCCUGAGGUGGCCACAGAGCCUGAGCCUGAGGUGGCAGCAGAGCCCGAGCCCGAGCCUGAGGCAGCAGCAGAGCCCGAACCUGAGCCUGAAGUUGCAACAGAGGCCGAGCCUGAGCCUGAGGCGGCAGCAGAGCCCGAGCCUGAGCCUGAGGUGGCCGCAGAGCCCGAGCCUGAGCUUGAGGCGGCAGCAGAGCCCGAGCCUGAGCCUGAGGUGGCCGCAGAGCCCGAGCCUGAGCCUGAGACGGCAGCAGAGCCCGAGCCUGAGCCUGAGGUGGCCACAGAGCCUGAGCCUGAGGUGGCAGCAGAGCCCGAGCCCGAGCCUGAGGCAGCAGCAGAGCCCGAACCUGAGCCUGAAGUUGCAACAGAGGCCGAGCCUGAGCCUGAGGCGGCAGCAGAGCCCGAGCCUGAGCCUGAGGUGGCCGCAGAGCCCGAGCCUGAGCCUGAGGUGGCAGCAGAGACCGAGCCCGAGCCUGAGGCAGCAGCAGAGCCCGUGCCCGAGCCUGAAGUUGCAACUGAGGCCGAGCCUGGGCCUGAGGCGGCAGCAGAGCCCGAGCCUGAGCCUGAGGCGGCAGCAGAGCCCGAGCCCGAGCCUGAAGUGGCAGCAGAGCCCGAGCCUGAGCCUGAGGCAGCAGCAGAGCCCGAGCCUGAGCCUGAGGUGGCAGCAGAGCCCGAGCCUGAAGCAGCAGCAGAGCCCAAGCCUGAGCCUGAGACGGUAGCAGAGCCCGAGCCCGAGCCUGAGGUGGCAGCAGAGCCCGAGCCUGAAGCAGCAGCUGAGCCCGAGCCCGAGCCUGAGACCGCAGCAGAGCCCGAGCCCGAGCCAGCAGCAGCAGAGCCCGAGCCUGAGCCUCAGGUGGCAGCAGAGCCCGAGCCUGAGCCUGAGGUGUCAGCAGAGCCCGAGCCUGAAGCAGCAGCUGAGCCCGAGCCCGAGCCUGAGACGGCAGCAGAGCCCGAGCCUGAGCCUGAGGUGGCAGCAGAGCCCGAGCCCGAGCCUGAAGCAGCAGCAGAGCCCGAGCCUGAGCCUGAGGCGGCAGCAGAGCCCGAGCCUGAGCCUGAGGUGGCAGCAGAGCCCGAGCCUGAGCUUGAGGCGGCAGCAGAGCCCGAGCCUGAGCCUGAGGUGGCAGCAGAGCCCGAGCCCGAGCCUGAGGCAGCAGCAGAGCCCGAACCUGAGCCUGAAGUUGCAACAGAGGCCGAGCCUGAGCUUGAGGCGGCAGCAAAGCCUGAGCCUGAGGCGGCAGCAGAGCCCGAGCCUGAGCCUGAGGUGGCAGCAGAGCCCGAGCCUGAAGCAGCAGCUGAGCCCGAGCCUGAGCCUGAGACGGCAGCAGAGCCCGAGCCCGAGCCUGAGGCAGCAGCAGAGCCCGAGUCCGAGGCUGAAGCAGCAGCAGAGCCCGAGCCUGAGCCUGAGGCAGCAGCAGAGCCCGAACCUGAGCUUGAGGCGGCAGCAGAGCCCGAGCCUGAGCCUGAGGUGGCCGCAGAGCCCGAGCCUGAGCCUGAGACGGCAGCAGAGCCCGAGCCUGAGCCUGAGGUGGCAGCAGAGCCCGAGCCUGAGCCUGAGGUGGCAGCAGAGCCCGAGCCUGAAGCAGCAGCUGAGCCCGAGCCUGAGCCUGAGACGGCAGCAGAGCCCGAGCCCGAGCCUGAGGCGGCAGCAGAGCCCGAGUCCGAGGCUGAAGCAGCAGCAGAGCCCGAGCCUGAGCCUGAGGCAGCAGCAGAGCCCGAGCCUGAGCUUGAGGCGGCAGCAGAGCCCGAGCCUGAGCCUGAGGUGGCCGCAGAGCCCGAGCCUGAGCCUGAGACGGCAGCAGAGCCCGAGCCUGAGCCUGAGGUGGCAGCAGAGCCCGAGCCCGAGCCUGAGGCAGCAGCAGAGCCCGAACCUGAGCCUGAAGUUGCAACAGAGGCCGAGCCUGAGCCUGAGGCGGCAGCAGAGCCCGAGCCUGAGCCUGAGGUGGCCGCAGAGCCCGAGCCUGAGCCUGAGGUGGCAGCAGAGACCGAGCCCGAGCCUGAGGCAGCAGCAGAGCCCGUGCCCGAGCCUGAAGUUGCAACUGAGGCCGAGCCUGGGCCUGAGGCGGCAGCAGAGCCCGAGCCCGAGCCUGAAGUGGCAGCAGAGCCCGAGCCUGAGCCUGAGGUGGCAGCAGAGCCCGAGCCUGAAGCAGCAGCAGAGCCCAAGCCUGAGCCUGAGACGGUAGCAGAGCCCGAGCCCGAGCCUGAGGCAGCAGCAGAGCCCGAGCCUGAGCUUGAGGCGGCAGCAGAGCCCGAGCCUGAGCCUGAGGUGGCCGCAGAGCCCGAGCCUGAGCCUGAGACGGCAGCAGAGCCCGAGCCUGAGCCUGAGGUGGCAGCAGAGCCCGAGCCCGAGCCUGAGGCAGCAGCAGAGCCCGAACCUGAGCCUGAAGUUGCAACAGAGGCCGAGCCUGAGCCUGAGGCGGCAGCAGAGCCCGAGCCUGAGCCUGAGGUGGCCGCAGAGCCCGAGCCUGAGCCUGAGGUGGCAGCAGAGACCGAGCCCGAGCCUGAGGCAGCAGCAGAGCCCGUGCCCGAGCCUGAAGUUGCAACUGAGGCCGAGCCUGGGCCUGAGGCGGCAGCAGAGCCCGAGCCCGAGCCUGAAGUGGCAGCAGAGCCCGAGCCUGAGCCUGAGGUGGCAGCAGAGCCCGAGCCUGAAGCAGCAGCAGAGCCCAAGCCUGAGCCUGAGACGGUAGCAGAGCCCGAGCCCGAGCCUGAGGCAGCAGCAGAGCCCGAGCCUGAGCCUGAGGUGGCAGCAGAGCCUGAACCUGAGCCUGAAGUUGCAACAGAGGCCGAGCCUGAGCCUGACGCGGCAGCAGAGCCUGAGCCCGAGCCUGAAGCAGCAGCAGUGCCCGAGCCUGAGGCAGAUGCGGCAGCAGAGCGUGAGGCAGGAGCAGUGCCUGAGUCCAUGGCAGCGGCCGGUGGGUCAGCUGCUGUGUCUGGUGAUAGUGCAGUGGACGAAGCCAUUGGGGAGAUCAUCCAGAUUAUCAAGGACUCACUCAAGGGGUAG